AUGGCAUUGAGAAGAGCCCAAUUAAUAGCAAAACAGUUGAGAACCGUGACCACGAGUGCAACGAAUAAGAUGGCUUCAGUUUCGACAGUUCCCUAUGCGUUGAACCACACCAUGUUCCGUAUAAAGGACCCCAAGGUUUCGCUUGAUUUCUACAAGAAACAUUUUGGUAUGGAUCUGGUGGCCACUUUGCCAGUCAAUGAACUGGGGUUCACCAAUUACUUUUUGGCUUUCAAUGGAGCCAAGGCUCUUUAUAAAGACAAGCCCUGGUACGAGCGCGAGGGUGUGCUUGAGUUGUGUCAUAACCACGGGUCUGAAAACGAUUCUUCUUUCAAAGCCAAUAAUGGCAAUGUUGAACCUCAUCGUGGAUUCGGUCAUAUCUGUUUCUCUGUAGACAGACUCGAACCAUUGUGUGAGAGUCUGGAAGCUGCUGGUGUCAAGUUCCAGAAGAAAUUGUCAGACGGUCGUCAAAAGGAUAUUGCUUUUGCUCUUGAUCCCGAUGGAUACUGGAUUGAACUUGUUGCUAACAAGACAAUUGCCGAGGCUGAUAAACUGCCAGCUGGCGAUUUGUCCCGUAUCCGUUUCUACCACACUAUGAUCAGAGUCAAGGACCCAGUUAAGUCGCUCAAGUUUUACGAAGAAACUCUUGGUAUGGUUCUUUUGCGUACUAACGAGGUUCCUAAUGCCAAAUUUAAUUUGUAUUUCCUUGGAUAUAACAAGGACCCUAAUUUUGUACGCAAUUCCGGAGAAGGUAUCUCGGACCGCGAGGGUGUACUCGAAUUGACCUGGAACUACGGUACCGAGUCCGACCCCGACUUCAAGUACCACACCGGUAAUGAGCAGCCCCAGGGAUUUGGACACAUUGGAAUCACCGUUCCCGAUGUCGACGAGGCCAUGGCUAAACUCGAAGCCAAGGGUGCCACCAUCAAGAAACGCCGAACCGACGGCAAAAUGAAAUUCAUUGGCUUUGUCGCCGACCCUGACGGAUACGCCGUCGAGAUCCUCCCUCGCGCCGAUUUCCCUGAAAAGAUCGUCGAGUAA